AUGCCGCUGCUCCGGAGACCCCCGGGCGGGGCGGCGGAGGGGGGCCCGGAGGACGGGGACCCCUUCGCCGCCAACCCCGAGGGUCGCCGCCGGCGCCGCGCCACCCUGGGCGGGCUGGUGGGGCUGGGGGGCCAGCUGGGCCAGCUCGGGGGCCACCUGGGCCAGCUCGGGGGCCAGCUGGGCCAGCUGGGGGGGCCCUUCGGGCGCGGCCGCCGCCCCCCCCGCGACCCCGCGGGGCCCCGCGGGCGCCGCCGCUCCGAGGACUCGGGGGUCCCGCGGAGACCCCCGGAGGAGGCGGGCGGGGGCAAGCGGGGGUCGCUGCUGCGGCUGGCCCUGGCGACGUGGGGACAGCGCGGCGGCACCGAGAGGGCGUCGCCGGUGGAGGGACAGGCGGGGGACGGCGCGGACGGAGCGGGAGCGCGGCCCGAGAGCGGCGGGAGGGACAAGGACAAGGACGGGGACAGGGACGGGGACAGGGAGCCGCUGUCGGUGCUGGAGAUCCUGGAGCUGAUCCAGCGGCGGGAGCUGGUGGCGGCGGACGCGCAGAUCAUCGCGCUGGAGGCCGAGUGCUCGCUGUCGCCGUCGCGCCCGCCGUCCCCGCGUCCCCUCCCCGCGCCCCCCUCCGCGGGCACCCCGCCGCCGUCGCCGGUCCCGGCGGGCGGGCGGCGGGCGCGGGACGUGGCGCUGCUCUACCGGGCGCUGCUGGCGCAGCUCUGGGCCGUGGUGGGCGAGGCGGUGGCCGCGGGGCGAGCGGUGGCCCCGCUGCGCGCCGUGGUGGCCGUGCUGGAGCAGGAGGAGGCGGCGGACGCGCGGAGCCCGCCCGGGACCCACCCGGGGCGGCCGCGGGGGCUGCGGCGCCGCUGGCGCGAGGCGGUGGCCAGGGCGGCGAGCGAGCGGCUGGCGCAGGUGGCCCCGGCGGGCGGGCUGGGGGCCCGGCUGGCCGCGCUGGCCGCCAGGGUGGUGGGCGACCUGGGGGUCGUGCGGAGCCACGUGGCGCCCGCGUACCCCCCCGAGUACGGCGCGCUCGGGGUCUACGCCCGCGGCUACCACCGAGCGCUGGCCCAGCAGCUGCGGGCGCUGGCCCAGAGGCCCCUGGCCGUGCCCGACCUGUACCUGCUGCUCGACUGGCACAGCAACGCCUACCCCAGGGAGGUUUUGGGGCACCCCGAGGUGGGGGCGCUGCUGCGGGCACAGGAGUUGGGGCCCCUGCUGCCCCCCGAGACCCAGCGCGACCUCGAGAGCUCCUGCAUCGCCGCCGUCAAGGCCAAGGUGGAGGUGGCCGUGGCGCAGGAGCUGCAGCUGAGCGAGGACACGUGGCCCGAGGAUGUCACCAGCCAGGACAUGGAGGAGGGGCUGGCCACGCGCGUCACCGGGCUCAGGGGACACCACGGCCGUGUCCCCACACCCGCGGUGGCCGUGUCCCCACAGCUGCUGCGGGCGCACGUGGACCGAGCCCCCCAGGUGACCCCCGAGUUCGGGCGGGAGAUGGCCCACAGCCUGCUGGGCGUGCUGGUGGCCUUCCUGCACAGUUUCCAGCGGAAGGUGGAGCGGUUCCUGGAAGCCCCCGGCGAGCUCCCCCCGCCCGACGGCGCCCCCGGCCGUGCCAUCGCCUUGGCCAACUGCUGCCCCCCCUUCAGGGCCUUCGCCGAGCGGCUGGCGCAGUUCGGGCACCCCGAGAGCGAGGAGCCGCGGCGCCAGGCCCACGCCGCGCUGGACCGGGUCACCCGCGCCUGCGGCCACCUCCUCACGCGGCGCCUCUUCGAGGACCUCAAGCCCCACUUUGGCAAGCUGAUGAAGCGCAAGUGGCUGACGAGCUCGGACGCCUUCGACGCCAUCGUGAUGCUCAUCACCGGCUUCGCGCAGACGCUGCGCCCUCUGCACCCCGAGCCCCACCAGGUGCUGGUCAGCGAGCUGCACCGCCGCGUGCUCAUCGAGUACGUGCGGCCGCUGCUGCAGGGGCGCCUGGUCUGCGCCUCGGCCAAGGCGCGCGCCCGCGUGGCCGCCCGGCUGGGCGACGAGGCCCGGCAGCUCCGCGAGCUCUUCACGCGCCUGGACUCGGCAUCGCCCUGGCUGGACUCGGUGGUGCCGCGGCUGCGGGAGCUGCUGGUGCUGGAGGACACGGCCGCGCUGCAGAUGGAGGUCGGCGCCCUGGCCAGGGACUUCCCCGACGUCCGGCGGAGGCACGUGGCCGCGCUGCUGGACGCGCGGGGGCUGCGGGCGCAGGGCCCCCGGCGCGAGAUCCUGGGGGUGCUGCAGGAUCUGGGGGGGUCGGAGGCCGAGCCGGGGCCGCCCCCCCCGCCCCGGCACCGGACGUUCUUCUCGGAGCUGCCGGCGCCGCGCCCCGUGCGCUGCCUCCCGUUCCACCUGCCCCGGCUGCGCCUGCCGCGCCGCAGCCCCGCCAGGACCCCCCCGUGACACCCCCCCCCCCCCCCGGGACCCCCAGAAC